CAUGUGCUGAUGUGCUGUCUGUGUAAAUCGGAUGUGCGCAAACGUGAGGCCUGUCAGCGCUCGUGUCCGCCGCCAUUCAAAACAAACACUGGACGCGGAACAAGGAAGUUGUGCACCUGUUGCUCCUGCCUUACUGUAGCUUUCCACACGUACUGCGCCUUCUAUAAUCUGAGAAGAGUUGUGAAGCCUCAUCAUGGCAGACGCGGAGGAUGAAGUAGUUAAAGGAAGUGAAGAGCAGCAGCAGCAGGUGGAGGAGGAGGUUGAUCUCAGCUCCUCUCCGACCCCUCCGGAGGACUCUCAGCCAGCUGCUGGCCGCAAAGGGGACGCGCAGGAGCGGCCAGCGGAGAGCGUGACCACCUCUACCCAGGGCCGUCGCCUACUGGUGGAGCCCACUCUGGACCAGUUUAAACUAAGGAAGUACUUCGUGUUAAGGCCUGGCACUCUGAAUCAGGCCAUCAAAGACGUCGAAGCUCUGGUGAAUGAGGAGGUAGAUGGCAGCGUUCUCAGCGUUUGGCUGAUGGCAGAAGUGGAUCACUGGAACAAUGAAAAGGAGCGCAUCGUUCUCAUCACAGAAUUGUCUCUCCUGGUCUUCAAGUACGACUUCAUGAUGUUCAACUGUGACCAGAUGCAGAGGAUCCCCCUUAACUUUGUGGACCGCAUCUCCCACGGCACCUUCAGCUUCCCAAAGCGCUCCCUGCUGGAGAGAAACGGAGAAGGGGUGCGGGUCUUCUGGGACCGGCUGAGAGAGCCUUCCUUUACCUCCAGGUGGAACCCCUUCGCCACCGACUUCCCCUUCAUCACAUUCACGUACCACCCCGUGAGAAACAUCAGCGAUGCCUUCACUGCUCUCACUGAUGUGGAAAAGUUUCGUGAACAGCUGAAGGAUGCAGCGCAGAAAGUCCACACCUUGAAGCCGGUUCCCGGGAAAGCCAAUGGCGUGCUGGUCCUUAACCAGCCCAUUCAAAUCGAGGCCUACGUGGGCUUUAUGUCUUUCCUGGGGAACGAAAACAAACUGGGCUACUGUAUGGCUCGAGGAAACUUGGGCUUCUAAUCUCUUUAACAUUUAAUAGAAUCAUUUUUGUGUUCCGCAUACUGUUUGCUCUUAUUUAUAAGCCUUUAAUUCAUGUUAAUUUGUUUACAGGCAGCUCAUAUUUUACAAAGAUUGGCAAGAAAAUUCUUUUUUUCGUUUCACAUGUUUUUUAGUAUGUUUAGUGUGAGCUUCAAACAACUGUGUGAUCACCCCCACUGCUUAUUACCAGUGUAUGGUGUCUGAGCGCUCAGAAAUAUCCACAUUUCAACACCGCUCUUCACUGGAUGAUGGAUCCCCCGCUGCUCUCAAGGAGCUUUGUAUUUGCUCCUCAGUGAUAUGGUAAUUCAACUCUUUUGCAAUGAGACUCCUUUCUUCCUCCCCCGGUGUCUCUGCUAAAAGCUCAUUCCCAUGCCAUUCAGCCCCUUAGAGAUUCACUGGAGCAUUGGGCCGCAUUUGUCAGCUUAGUUUUAUCAUUCACAGUGUAUUUUUGCAGUGCAUACAGUGCUGGAAUUUCCCCUUGAUUUGUGUGUUUAUCGUACGCUCUGCCUUGAUUGGCAUUAUGUGUUUGUCAGGGUGGAACAGAAAUAAAACAAAAGUGGUAUGAAGCGUGCAGCUCUCUUUAUGCAAAUUCCUGUACACUGCUUGUGUUUUUUAUUUUUUAAAUCAUGCAGUUAGCUUUACCUGUUAAAUGGGAAUUAUGUUCCAGUGGGUUUAGGAACAGCAACACUACAGCAAACAUCUACUCCUUCCACCUCACCCUCUGAGAUUCAGGGAGUUGUUUGUUUAAUUGUUUGUUUUAAACACCUGUAGUAUAUUAAUAAAGGCAUGCAACAUUCUAUUUUCAAUGUUAAUGACUCCAUAUUGUAAAGUAUGACUUGCAUUAGCACGUGAACUAAAGGUAAA